CUUGUAUUUAACGUCUACAUAAGUGCACACUGCCACCCUGCAUUCAUUAACAAUUAACCGCUCGAAUAGGCAACAGUGAAGUGUGAAUUAGUUAGUUUAUUUGAAAGAACCAUUUGGAUUAUUUUGUUUUAUGAGUAAUUUAGUCAUAAACUUUUACUCAUAACAAAAUGUUUUCAAUAUUUGAAAAGUAUAAAUAUAACAAAAAAACGACCAAUUGUGAAGCUAAUGGAGAAAUAUCUGCCACUACCAAAUUUUUAAGUGGGCACCAGUAGGUAUCUGCCAUGCCCGAGUGGGGGAUGACGGCCCAUCUUUCCGGACAUCGUGACUGCCCGUAGACAAAUGCCGCCCGUGACCGAGUUCGAACCGGCGACGAUGCGCGUCGCAACCGACGCGCUGAUUAGUCCACUCGGCCACUCCGUCCCCUUAUUAAUAUAUUAUUAUACUACGCAUUACUAGCAUACUGUUUAAAAUUAUUACAUUUCAAUUACAAAAUAUUUUAGAAAAUCCAAGGAAAUGUAUAAAAUGAAUACAUACAUUAAUAUUAUCAUUGGUUAUAAAUACUAGUAUUUAUAAUCAAUUAUAUUAUGUUAUUAAACAGAAUAAAAAUUUGGUGUUGAAUUUUUGUAUAAUUGAAUUAUUAAAAACUCGGAAAAUGAAAAUAAUAUGCCAAAGUUUAUCGUCGUCUCAGGACGAUGCAAAUACAUAAUAAUAUGAUGCUUCAGCCUCCAGACACACGCCGCGCUGGUCACCCCUGGUAAAGUAUAAUAAUAAUUGCUGGUGCAAUAUAGUGUAAGUAAUGCGCGGUAUAUUGGUAUUUGCAUAAAUCCAAUUUCACGUGUGACCGAACACAUAAUAAUAGGUAAUAGUAAGUGUGAGGGUGCUAGUGCUAGUGUGACAGAAUGCCGAGUGUAUACGAAAGGACGACGCACUCGUCGAAACAUGGUCCAACUCGGUACGGUCAACAGGAUCAUCAAGGCUUACGCGUUGGUCGGCUUUUGCGUGGCUGCGUAUGCACUGUAUGUGGAAAUCUCACUGGAAAAUGAUCCGGAUUUUGAGCCACUGUGUGACCUCAGGGAAUACGUCAAAUGUUCUCCAGCGUUUAUUUCACCAUACGCCAAAGGUUUUGGGAUCGUCAGAUAUAUAUUCGGCGAAGAUUCCGCUUUCAACGUGCCCAAUGGACUCACGGGAAUGUUAUUCUACACCCUGUCAUUCACGUUGAGUUGUUCGAACAGUGAUAAACUCGUAAACAUCCACUACUACCUGGCGAUCGCGUCCAAUGUGUCCACAUUUUACUUGGCUUUCGUGUUGGUGUUCGUUGUUCAGGAACUGUGUUUGGUUUGCUUGACCACGUACUUCAUAAAUGCUAUAAGCCUUCUGUGUGUAUCGUCCAAACGGCGGGAAUUGUUGUCGCUAUCUGUGCACCUGCACAAACCGUGCAAAGGCGAUUAAAACAUAAUAUAUUUAUAAAAUACCUAGCGAUACACCUGCAGUCAGGUAAUGACGCAGCGUGUAUAAUAAAGUAUAUAUACCUAUAAUAAAUAAAGGUAAUAAAUAUCCAAAAUACGUCCCUUUCAUAUUAUAUUAUAUAAGUAUAUAACAUAUAACAGCUAUAUACAUAAUAUGUACCGUGACUUCACAUAAAUAGUGUCUUAAGGUUUUAGUUUCCAUGUUUA